AUGGAUGAUGCAGUAGACCAGAGAGACGAGGCAUUAGAUCAGAGAGAUGAAGCAGGCGAUGAAUUGCAUACCGUCAGUGAAGAUGUUGUUGUUGAUUCACCAAGUUCAGAUCCAAUAGAGUUAGACAUUGAUGGUUCUUCUUCUAAUCCAGUUGAUGAAGAUUUGGUUGGUGUUGUUGUAAGUAACGGGGUUGAAGCGUAUGAGUUGUAUAACAAUUAUGCAUAUAGAGUUGGUUUUAGUGUGAGGAAGGGUAAUCAACGGUGCAAGGUUAAGGCAAAUGCUGGUGUUAGGGCAUAUUCAAAAAUUGACACAAGGUCAGGGUGUGGUGCAUGUGUUCAGUUUGACGUCGGUGAGGAUGGGUUGUGGACGGUUACAAAACAUGUAAAAGUGCACAAUCACGAGUUAUGUGCUGUAGACAAGAGUCAUCUUCUGCGUUCACAUAGAAAUGUUGGUGAUAAUCAACUGUUAUAUUUAAAAGAUUUGAAGAAGAGUGGUGUUGCAAUGGCAGAUGGUAUUAGGUUCUUGAAACAUCAAGCAGGGGGGUCUCCAUUAGUUGGCUUCACUAAUCGAGAUGCUUAUAAUUCAAUUGCUUCUGAUACAUCAAAGCGUUUGGAUGGAACCGGUUCGAACUCAUUAAUUGAAAUAUUUAGGAAGAGGCAGUCGACUGAGUCUGAUUUUUUCUUUGAUUUUGAAGUUGAUUGUGAUUCAAGACUAUGCAGUUUUUUUUUGGAGGAUGGUCGGAUGAGACAAGACUAUGAGUUGUUUGGGGAUUUAUUAGUGCACGAUACAACUUAUCGCACUAAUAAAUAUGAUAUGAUUUGUGGCCCUUUUGUAGGGAUGAACCACCAUUGCAUGAAUGUAAUGUUUGGAUGUGGUUUUCUGAUGAAUGAGAGGAUAGAAUCAUUUGUGUGGCUGUUUAGAGCAUUUUUAAGGUCUAUGAAUGAGAAAUGUCCACAGACUAUCAUGACAGAUCAAUGUGCAUCCAUGGCUGCUGCUAUUUGUCAGGUGUUUCCAACAUCACGUCACCGUCUUUGCAUAUGGCAUAUUGGCGAGAAUUCGAAGAAGCAUAUCAAGGCGUUAAGGAAUAACAAGGAUUUCUUAGAUAUGUUUAACUGUGUGUUGAAAUACACAGAGACUGAAGCUGAGUUUGAAUUUUAUUGGACAAGGUUGGUGACUGACUACAAGUGCCACAAGAAUAGUUGGAUACAAAAGCUGUAUGACUGUAGGGAGAAGUGGUGUCCAGCAUUCAAUAAGGACUAUUUUUCAGGGGGCAUUUUAUCAUCGCAAAGGAGUGAAACUACUAACCAUUCGAUUUCAAGAAGGUUGUCCAAGACUGCAGGUCUAUGUGAUUUUUAUUCAUCGUUUGUUAGUGUAACUUCUGAAUGGAGGAGCAAAGAGAAUGGUGAAGACUUUCGUUGUACUCAAGGGUACCCAACAUGA